AUGUUGGUAUCCUCCACCUUUAUUGCUGGUAUCUCCCUUCUGCAUUUAGCUUCCGCUGCUCCUACUCUCGGAGGUAGAGGUGUUGGUCCCACCCCUGCGUCUCCCACUAGUGCUGGUAUUUGCACUAGUGGUCCGGUGGCAAUUACUGUUCAAGUCGAUACGACUUCCAUUUCUAUGAAGAAACCCGCCGACCAGGGCAAGCUUACCGGUUUCUUGGCCAAUUUCUGGGCCACUGGGUCUUCUGUCAUGUCUCAGAUCACGUCUCGCAAAGCCGACGGCAAUAGUCAGAAGAGACGCAUUGAAGGGACUUAUAACAUCUGGACUCAAGUAUGCCACCCCAACGGUAAAGAAGGACAAGUGCCCCUUAUAGUUGGUAUUCAUGGAAUCAACUUUGACCACUCUUAUUGGGAGUUUGGUUACUCAAAAGAAUAUAACUUCAUCGAGGCUGCUAACAAGGCUGGUUACGCCGUAUUGACUUACGAUCGUCUCGGUGUUGGUCAGUCUGAUAAGCCUGAUGGGUUAAGCGUUGUGCAGUCAAGUACCGAGGUGGAGAUACUCCAUAGACACAUCCAGCAAGCCCGCGCGACUGGGAAGUACUCCAGGAUUUGGGGUAUUGGCCAUUCAUUCGGAGCCAUCCAGCUCACUGGCAUUGCUGCGAGGUACCCCUCGGACCUCGAUGCUGUCAUCCUCACCGGCUACGCUCCUUCUAUGGUUAGCGUUCCAUUGGCAUUCACUGCCUGGUCACAGACGCUAGCCAGCGACCAAGCGGAUAUGGCGACUCGCUCGCGCUGGUCUUCUCUUCCUGGAGGAUCAACUAUGAUGAAUGACAAGAGCUAUAUGGGAACUGGAAGUGCCAGUAGCGACCGUUUUGCAUUUUUCUCAGAGGGCUUUUAUGACGAAGGUGCUUUCCAACGAGCAUAUGAUACCAAGCAGACGCAUACCUUGGGCGAGUUCUUGACUAUUGCGGAGCCAGUGUCGAAACCCGCCUCAGAAUACAAGGGCCAUGUUUUCGUCGUUACUGGUGAAAAAGACAUGCAAGUACAAUUCCUCUAA